AAAGAUCUUCCUGUGUAGUGUGGGAGGUCAUGGAGCCCACAUGUGGAGGACAAGAAGACAGCGGUGAAGAUUAGGAGUAAAUGAAGAAAGAUGGAAAGGAAAUGUAUUUCCUCUUUAAGAAAUACCCUCAUCUCCAGCUCACGAGGGGAAAAACACCACCUCUACUUCUUAUCAGGUCUAUCAAUGGCUACUAGUCUGAGAGCUAUAGGCCAUCUCCAGCCUCAGAGGCAAGUUGCCUCUGAGGCUUCUAAAUACUAGUUGCAGGGGAGUAGCAGUAGGAGAGGGCAUGCCCUCAUCUCUUGCCUGUGGGCUUCCCAGAGGCAUCCGGUGGGCCACUGUGUGAAACAAGAUGCUGGACUAGAUGGGUCUUGGGCCUGAUCCAACAGGGCUUUUCUUAUGUUCUUACACAAUUGUUCUUCAGUCAUGGAAGGAGAAGAUGAACUUUUCUUUGCUGGCCAGUUCCUUCCCUUCCCAAUAUUCACCCUCUCUCCCAAAUCUCAUUUUACUGCAGGCAUCCUAUUCUCCAUACUUUCUCUCCCACCCCACCCCCAUGUGUGUGUUUAAUAUGGAUCAUGCCCACUUAAAAAAAAAAAGCUUUAAGAAUGUUGAGAGCAGUACACAAUCAAAUGUACACCAGAAUGUGUAUCCCUUUGAAAACAAUACAAAGAGGAAAGACAGCAUGCAUUCACAGAUGUAAAUCCCAGUGCUUCUGUGGAUGUAGCUGCACCUAUGGUUCCUGUUCCCUCAGGUGCUCUUAUCCCUGGAUUUCUGGGCUGAAAUCCAAGGCCCCCACAGCCCCUGCCCCCCGCCAUCCUUUAGUCUGUCCCAGGUGGUGUGGUUGCCCAGCGGAGCAUAUGAUGCUUAAUUUGCUGGGGGCGGGGCAGGGGGGACUCCAAAGGCCUUUAGGUCCAGGCUCCAAAAUUACAUAGGUGCACCUCUGCCUGUUCCAUCAAGGGUCACACACAUGCAGAAGCCGGCUCUUGGGUGUCUGGGAAAGCUAAAGGUGACAACUUUAGUGUUGAUGGGGUUCUUGAUUUUAAUGAAUGGUUGUAUACUUGCAAACAUUUAUCCAAUUGAAAACAUGAUAUCAGAUUUAGAGCAUCUCUCUUCUCCUCUUCUGUGUACCAUGUGCACUGAAGAGCUCUUUAGGCUUGUUGCCAUGACAGCAGCCGAUAGUCCUCAUUUGCUGUGGCAUUUUGAUUGGCCAGGGAAGGUCUCGCCUCUUUUGUGAGGCUGAAAGGGAGGGUGACUGCUGGAGCGGGAGCAGGAUGGAAAGCAGCCAAAGCUGAUCCAUUCAUGUGAGGGCAAUUGUGGGGGGUGGUCUUUGGCUUGGGAGCAUCAGAUGAGGCAGUGAGAUGGACCGUAUGUCACAGCAGCACACACAGGAGCAUUUUUACAUGCAGAGCAAAUGGCAGCUUGAUCCAUUGGUACUUUGAUGCCCUCGGGCUGCCUUCCACUGGAGAAGUACUUUGUCCCUUCGUCUGACACAUGCAGCAAGGAGCAGCAUCACAAGACUGAAAAGUCACUGGAGUCCACAGCGCGUUUGGGGCCAGAACGGAUUGCGAAGAAGCAGCAGUCUGUAUGAUGCAUGCAUGUGGAUCAAGGGAUAUAGUGACUUGAAAAAGGACAUCUUAACAAGCAACCCAAGGGAAGAAAGAUUGGUUGUUCAAGCAAUCAUGCCUCAUUUCUUGGAUUGGUUUGUGCCAGUGUAUCUAAUGAUCUCCAUUCUCAUUUUGGUGGGCUUUGGAGCAUGCAUAUACUACUUUGAGCCAGGAUUGCAGGAAGCACACAAGUGGCGGACACAAAGGCCGAUCAUGGAACGAGACCUUCGGAAAACAUUGAUGAUAAGAGACAACCUUGCAUUUGGGGUGCCGGAAGUCUAGUAUUCUGCUAUCAUAGAGCCAUGAAAGUGUCUAGAAACAAAGUCAAUUUUUGUUUUUGUUUUUGAAAUUACAAGUUACUAUCGCUUACUAAGAACCAUGACUUGCCCAGGACAACUUCCAGCUGCAUGUAACAUGAUCAAACCAUAGCUUCAUUCUUUGCUGACAUGGGUCUCUCUUAAUGAAAUCUUGUGUUGCCACUCUAGUUCUAAAUGCAAAAUCUGUAGAAUAAUGUAAACAAGGAGCUCCUGGUUUCUGGCUCUAAAUACCAGGUCCCUAAGACAUGUACAUCUCUCCAUCACAUGAAAUUCUGGAUCCUCCACAGAGAAAGAUCUCCACCAUUAGCCUGCUGAGAAUGGUCAUGACAUAUAGAUGAUUUCUACAAGAGUGUAAGAUGGCAAUGUAUGGAUGACUAAUGGCAUGUGGAAUCUUUUACUGCAAAUGUGAUCUGAGUGUGUUGGCCCUGACAUCCUGGACAGCUGUACAUCUUGCAAAGCUGACUACUAGCAGUAUGUAAUUGAUAAAAGUCUUUCAGGUGAGGCAGAAAACCAAAUUGAUUGCACAGACGGAAUUCUCUGCUCAUCUCUGGUACUAUGCUUAGAAUGACAUGUUCUAUGAAACAUAUGCCCUUAAAGUUGAAGUGUGCCAUCAAGUCAAUUUCAACUCCUGGCGCCCACAGAGCCCUGUGGUUUUCUUUGGUAGAAUACAGGAGGGGUUUACCAUUGCCUCCUCCCAUGCAGUAUGAGAUGAUGCCUUUCAGCAUCUUCCUAUAUGGCUGCUGCCCGAUAUAGUACCAGCAGGGAUUCGAACCAGCAACCUUCUGCUUCUUAGUCAAGCAUUUCCCCUCUGCGCCACUUAAGGUGGUCUAUAAUUGCAUUUCAGAUCAUUUCACUGCCCAUAAGUAUCUAUCUGGGUCUACAUUUUCUUUUUUAAAAAAAUUCUUCAUUUUGAGAAGCCUAUACAGAUGAAUUACUGAGAAGAUUUUUUUCUUCAUUAUUGAGACCUUUGUUCCCAAUAUCUUUUGAUUCAGAAUCCAUUAUUAUAGGAAAAGCUGCACUUUUUCAGUCAUCUCCUGCUACAGAAGUUUUGGACUUGGCCUAUCAAGAGUGCCCAGUCUAGCACUAGACUGACAACUACAAUUAAAAGUAUGAACAUACCCUCAUUCUCCUUCCCUGCAUCCUCAAUAAAAGCCACUGAGCCAAACAGACUGUGAUGGUGCACCCAGUGAUAUUCUUCUCGAGUUCCACUAUAAGUGGUUAUGGAGUAGGUAUACUCUUUAUAUACACAGAAUGCUUUCACAUUUGUCCACAUUUCCUCUAGGGCUGACUUGUUACCAAAAUACUGUACUGCUGCAUGGGAGAAUGGGUUCAUCAGUCAUCUACUUUAUUUCUUAUAUUGUGCAGAUUGCAUGCAAACAAUAUUAACAGAAGCUAGAAUCUGUGGCAUGAUGAGAGUCCCCAUCAUUGGUGUUACUGUGUACCAUUUUCUCCAAACUUCAUUAGGACAUCAUUUCUAACUGCAUAGUGGAGUUAUUCCCUUUCUGGCACAGAGUUCUUUCUUGCAUGCGGUGCUAACGUACUGUAUCUAUUCCAUUGUUCUGCCACUAUGAAGUACUAAUUCUGGAAUUCACCAGUUUUGCUUUUAUACAUCCCACAAUAAGGCCAUGUUCCUCUGCUUUUCCACUGUGCCCAUAUUAAGGCAGCACAGCUAUUGCUGCCUGGACAUAGUCACUGUGUAGUUAUGUGCCUUUCCAAGUCAUUGUUCCCUAGUCUUAUCCUAUCAAAGACAUGUCUAUAUGUUUCAUGCUUCAUUGGGACGCAUUCACUGCCACUCUGUUGCACAUACAGUAACUCUUCUCUACGUUCCAGAGCUUCCUCAUAUGCUGCCUUCUCAUACUCACUUCAGUACAUUCCACUGCCUUCAUUUGUUUUACUCUGUACCACACUCUGACAAUGGCAUAGUACAGCAGGAACUUGGAACCUUGUAGGAAAGAUGCUUAUUCCUUCAGCAUGGCUUCUGGACCACCUUACAGUGAAUUGUCUCUGGGAUGAAACCACACAGCUGAUGAUCACUCUUACUUGAAAAUGGAUGACACACUUUUUCAUCAGCAACUGAAUCAGAGCACAGUACAUAUCAUAUUGUUGAUGUGAUUUGUUAUCAGUGGCUGCCUGAGGAUACUGCUAAUAUUAGUGAUGACGGUUUUUUGCACAAAGGGGGUGUUCUGUGUUUGGUUUUUUACAACUGUCAAGAACUUUUCUCAGAGCCUUUGGCCAUAUAGAUGUAGUAAAGAUCAUGCUAAGUUCAAUCACCUGCACUAACAUUUCCAUGGGACUUUGUUUUGUUUUGCUUAUGCAGAACAAGUAUGGUACCUUCCAUUUCUGUGGUAUGCGGGAACGUAGCUGAGUAGCUUCUUGGUGUGGAACAUAGCUGAGUAGCUUCAUGUGUUCCACAAUAGAGAUCUUGACUAAAAGCAUGCAAUUUUAAGCACCUGAAGAGUCUCAUAUGUUUCCUAAUAUGGUUAAAUUAGCUAUGCACUGGCCUCAUCUAGAGCUCCUUAAACAUAAGAAAAGGCUGCACCAGGGCUAGCUGGUACUAUCUGGCAGAGUGAGCUGGCUGCCUCAGGCAGAACCUUUUGGAUGUCAUUAAAGGGUGCCAAAUGGUGGUGGUUUUAUUUACUGUCUGUAUGUAUUGGAUUUCUUCUCGGACACCAAUGUGGUUUUGAUGGCCAUGGGGCAUGCUCAGGGGUGUAGCUAUAAUUGAGCGGAUGGGUUCAAAGAACCCGGGGGCCCCAGCUCCACCCCUCCCUAUUUUCUUCAUUAUCUCUCUCACUCCAAGGGGCCACUGGGGAGAAAAGCAAACACGGGCCCCCUCUGCUCUAGCUAUGCCUGUGGGCAUGCUCCUGUAUUCUAAGAUCAAAUGGCACUAGCAAAGAUGACUAUGUGUUUGGCAGGUGAAGUCAUGAUUUUGGUCCAAUAAUGGGCCUGUACAUGUGCCAAGAGCUGCAGGUAUUCUGUUUUGUUACCUUGUGCAGCGUCAUUUUGGGCACAUAGACUGAUCCUGAAGGGGUCUGCACAUAUAAGGCUGCUUCUGUGCAGUAUUGCCAUUGCUGGGUUGAAGCAACGGUUGUUUAGAACAUGAAACUAUAAAAAGGCUGCACUAUGAAGUUUCUAAGAUAUUAUUUUGUGCUUCAAUGUGAAUGUAAAUAAACAGCCAUGAAUCCAUGACCUACCAGUUACUAUUACUAGUAUAGCCAUAGUCUCUGAGUGUCACUCAAAGACCUGCUUUCUGGGCCUUGAUUCUUAUUCUCCAAACUAGGCUACCGAUGCCAAUGAAUGGACCCCAGGUUGAUCAAUGGGGCAGCAAUAAGUACCUUUUUAUUAGAGACCAGGAGCUUUAAGACUUUGGGGACAGGCUACAUUAUUUCUUUCUACCUAAUGCUCCAUGUUUGUGGGGGAAAUAACUGAAGGCACACAACUUUUGUGUACAUAUCCACAGGAUCUUUCUCCUGUUCUAAGUUUAUUUUCUCAAGGCAGUUUCAUCAAUGGGGGAGGGGGGGAUGUUUGCAGUACACCCACCACACAUCCCUGUGGUACACCUACUGCAAAUGUGUGCUUUUUUAUAUUGUGCAAAGUGACCUUAGGUGUAAGAGAAUAUCUAUUAGGGAGUGAUUAAGUGACCAUGUAAGCUUUUGUAGACACUUUGAUUUCAAUGAAACUGCAUAGCGUGGACAGUCCUUGAGCAAUGCCCUUAGCAUUGAUAGGUGCUCUAAAGAAACACAGCCUGCCAUCCAAAAAUGGCUAGGAGGGAGAUCAGCCACUCAAGUUAAUGUGUCUAGUAAUGUCCAGGAAACGUCAAAAUUAAAUCCACUCAUGGAUUUCAAAAUUAAAAACACUCAUGGUGUUUACAGUUGAGAACUGAUUUGUUGAGUAAGUUGUACUUUUCUGCUUCUGUCCUGGAGGAAAAUAGAAGAGUUCUAUUUCCAUAUGUCACCAGCACAAAAUCCACAAUAUGUUUUCUAUUUCACCAGCAUAAGAUAUUUUCAUAAAACAAAGACAACAAGAAAGUCACUGAGUUUUGUGCCAUAACUCCUUAGGAUUUCAGAAGCCAGAUCAAUAGUUGUAAUUACCCUAUCUCUGUAAGCAGGAAGGGAAGCCAACCCUCUAUUUGAGCUUGACAUUGCUCAAAUAGAAGCCACAUUAAACCCUAUUCUUCAGUGGCUACGAAAAGUUCUAAACAAAGAUAAAUAGAGAUUUGAUCAACUAAUGGCCUGUCCGCACUGUCACUCAAGCCCUGGCCUCUUUUCCGGUUUUGUGUUGUUUUGUAUGCCAAGUCUUAAAUUUUCUGAUCUGUCACAUUCCAUGUCCUACUGCCGACCCAGGGGCAACUACCUGCAAUUGGAAUACAUAAAUGUUUGUAGAUGUUGUCCGUUUAAAUAUGGAAUAGCAGGGUUGUGGUCAUUUUAGAGUUUGUUUUGUGAAUCUUGUCAUGUGCUGUGCUAUUCUUAAGGUAUCAGAUUGCUUCCAUCAUCAUGUUGAAAUUGUCAUAAGAAACUGAUAUAUGAACAUUUUAUGCUUCAGUUGUAGCAUUUAGGCUACACACAUGCAACCCACAUGUAACUGACACAUCUCUUCUUGUAUCAUAUACUUACAUGGUCAGACUCUUGCAGGAUAUAUUUCCCUUUUUAGUUGAAAUUAACAUGCAGAUCAGAAUUGGAAUCUGAAUAAUUUGAAAUAAUAAUAAUUUAAAUUCAAAUAAUAUUUAGACAUGUUUAAUGUUGGUAUUUCCAAACUGUAAAGGUUAGUGUGAAAUCUGAGCUAAAGUUCUAAAACACAGUCAGCAUCCCAGUGCUCUGAAAUUUUGAAUGGUUCCAUUUUGAAAUUCAAAGUUUGUGAAAGCCACAUUUGAUGCAGGUUCUAGUUAUCUUAAUGGAUCAACUUGAAUUGGAAGUUUGUGUGUUUUAUAUUCCAAAUUUGUUCCAGUUCUUGUAUUAUAAGAGAAGACUUUGGAAAUGGGAGUCCUUAAAGACUCAGAAAUCAAAAGAAACAUAAGAACUCAUUUUUUGUUUAAAAGCACAUAGAGUUUGGAGGCUUGACUUAUGAACUGUAAUGCCUUGAAUUAUCACGGCUAUUUCAGACGUUUGACCUAAUCCAGAGCAAAUGAGCUUCUAUGAGAAAGUCUGCAGUAAGAAGAAGAGGGAGUAACAUUGCUGCUACAUUGGAGAUAACACUAGUACAUUGGAGGUAAACCUGCAGCUUACCCAUACAUCCACAACAACAGUGGGGGUGUCCUGUCAUUGUGCCUCUCCCACAUAGACUUACUGUGAGAUAGCUCUGAGGAGUUCUUCGCAGUGCUGAUCUUCUGUGGGCUGCAUGUGUGUGCUCAGUCUGAAUCCAAAGAGGAUUCCUUUUGACCAAUGACUACAACCCAUCUGAGGGUGAUUGAAGCUGUGAGAGGCGUUUACUCUUCAGAUUUGAUUGCUUUGUGUGAACAGUGACUACAGCAGAAGGCUCUUCUGCUGUCCUCACAGUUUUCUGCAUUGGGACUAUUAUUGCUCAUUUUGGUAUCAACAUAUGUGGGUACACUUGUGUGAUUUUUAUGACACAAAUCUGACAGUCUGGCAGACUCAUGAAAUCUAAAACCAUAGUAAUGACUCCAGAGUACACAAUGCUGUUUGUAGGACUCAUGAAAUAAUAAUACUGGUGGUGGUAAUAAAAUACUACUACUACUACUACUACUACUACUAAUAAUAAUAAUAAUAAUAAUAAUAAUAAUAAUAAUAAUUAUUAUUAUUAUUAUUAUUACACACAGUGGUCCUGAUUCAGUGAAACUCAAGCAGAGCAGAAAGUUGAACAGGCACUUGCACUGUGAGACUUGCAGGUCUCACAGAAUGACUGGAGCUUCACACACAACAAAUACUUCCCCAACUCUGAUCCAGCUCUGUGAUGAUUCAGAAGCUGGGGAAAGGUGAACACCAGACUGUUUUACUCUGUUAUAAAUGGUUCAGGUACAGAAACAUAUUUCCACGCAGAUUGCUGUUGCUGGCUUAGAGUAAAUGUGUCAUACCCAUGUAUGUACACCUCAUGUUUUUAAAAGUUCAUGUGUUCUUUCUCUAAAUUGAUCAAUUUCUCCUGUAUCACCUCAGUGGCAAGUGAACUCUGGGAAGCCUCUCAGAGUGUCAUUCUGAUACUGAGGGAGCACUGAAAUUAACAAGAGAUUGUUAGACUGGAUGAAUGAUUGAAGAAGAAUACAUUGCAGGGGUCAUGCUUACAUGGACAGGGGCAAUCAACAAGCUGUGACCUUAGUUUCCAUCACCAACAUCUAUUUUCCUUUCCCCCUGUCUGUUUCCCCAGGCAGUCUGGUACUGUGAAUUAAACUCAUUUGUCUCAGGAGCUAAGGAAAAACUAAGAGUAACCCCAAUCCUGUGUGAUGUUUUGCAAUGUAUGUUUUGCACUGUUCAGUCAUAAAUGCCACUGUUUUUGAUGAAAUGAAAUUUCAUGUUAAUUUUUUUUGUUAUGAAAUUAAAAUUCUAGUUAUUACUAAAAUUCUAAUAAACUUUCUAGCGUCAA